AUGGGGUCGGACGAUGAUAACCUAAACAUCAAAGUUGUUCUACUCGACGAUAACACGGUAGCACCUUCAUGGGCCCAAAAUAGAAACAAGGAGAAGCUCGUGGAGCCGAGCUGGAAACCGAAAGAUGACCAAACGCUCAUCGAUUGCAGAGUGCUCGAGACGCUUCAAGAGCACUGGAAGAAGAUCUCUGGUAGCAGCGAGACGGCCGCGUUCGCCAACGCUCGCGUGGACUGGAAGGAGACCCCCGAGGCGCACGUCUUCAAGGCCGACCUCCCUGGUGUGAAGAAGGAGGAGGUCAAGGUGGAGGUGGAGGACGGCAACGUGCUCGUCGUCAGCGGCGAGCGCACCAAGGAGAAGGAGGACAAGAACGACAAGUGGCACCGUGUGGAGCGCAGCAGCGGCAAGUUCGUCAGGCGCUUCCGCCUGCCGGAGGACGCCAAGGUGGAGGAGGUGAAGGCCGGGCUGGAGAACGGUGUGCUCACCGUCACCGUGCCCAAAGCAGAGGUCAAGAAGCCCCAGGUGAAGGCCAUCGAAAUCUCCGGCUGAGUGGACGCGUAUCGUCGACGUAUGAUGAUCUUUUGGGCCGGAGCCAGUUUGGUUGAUGUGUGUAAGAGUUCUGCAACCUAAAAUUAUGCUAUAGUUGUGUCUUUGUUCUUGUCGAGUCUUAUCUCUGAUGAGACAUAUCUGUAGUGCGUUUCUUUUCCCUGUCUUGUCUGUUCUUGUGUAAUCGCCAACAUAUUUGGCGAUGAAUAAAUGAGAAAUAAAUCCUUUGUUUUUUUA